AUAUAUAUAUAUGUAUAUAUAUGUGUGUGUGUGUAUGUGUCCAUGUAUCAGUUCUUUAAUGACGUGUGUAUACCUUGUACGUGAAGGAGUGGCAAAAUGGUAAGAAAGCAAGAUUGAAACAGCUAUCACGAUGUCUGUGGAGACAGCAACAACAACAACAUCAUCAUCAUCAGUGUCUGAUUCUUCUGUAAAUAAUCCACCACAAGUUGUUGGUGCUCCUCCUUCGUGUUCGUUCUACAUUAAAAAAAAGAGAAGGUUCUGUCGGUUCAGACCGAACAAUGACGACAAAUAUUGCUCGGAACAUAUAUAUUUGUUAAAUGACCCAACAAGACGAAAGAGGAUUCCUUGCCCUUUGGACUCCAAGCAUACAGUGUAUGAAGAUAACUUGGACAGUCACUUGAAGAAAUGUAACAAACGACAAAGGGUACCACCCAUAUAUCACAUCAAUGAAAUCAACUCCGGAUCCUUAGACGAAGGAGAGUUAUGUCCAGACAAGGUGUCAGUUUUGACAGCUUCCAGCAACCACCUGGCAUCGCUCAUACAGCAAAUUGAUCAGGUCUAUAAAGCGCACACUCCUGAGAUUACAAAGGAAGAACUAUGGCACGGCUGCAUGGACGAAGAAAUGAACAAUCCUUACUAUGGUAUACAAGCUCAGCGCCAACGACGACAACAGGCAUCUCUUAUUGGUCAUCUGGAGAAGUUGAAUUUACUGAAGAAAGGUUACACUUAUGUCGAACUUGGUGCUGGCAAAGGCCAACUCUCUCACUGUCUUCAGAGAGCAAUUCCUGAUAAUGAAGACGGCCUCUACGUUUUAGUAGAUAAAAGUCAUAUCAGAUAUAAGCUUGAACUUUCCCAUCAGUUUAGCGAAGGUGGACCAACCUUUGAGAGACUCAACACUGACCUUCAACAUUUAUGUUUAGCACUGGUGCCAUCUAUUAAAAACAGUAAACGACCCUUGGUAGGGAUGGGAAAACAUCUUUGUGGUGCUGGAACAGAUUUUGCUUUGAGAUGUCUGACUGAAUCAAGAGAAAAUGGAAAAGAAUCUGAAAAUAAGUUCUUACUUGCUGGAAUUGUCUUAGCAACAUGUUGCCACCACCGCUGUACUUGGGUCGCCUACACUGGCAAGAAGUUUUUCAAAGAUGUUGGUCUGACUGGAACUGACUUUCAGCUGAUGACUAGCAUGUCAAGUUGGGCAACAUGUGUAUGGAAAGGAUGGAGAGAAACACAAACCCCUGGAGCAGAAACAGCUACCAAGAACAAUGAUGAAGAUGAACAUGUAACCUUAGACAACAUGGAACCAAAUGAUACGGAUUCAAAAAUGUCAAAGAGGAUGAAGAUAGAAGAGGAAGAAAAAGAAGAACAUGGUGUGGCUGAGGUUGAUGUCAGAGCAAACUUCAAUAUUCCAAUAGAACAACGAGAGUCAAUUGGCCAGAAAUGCAAACAACUUAUCGACUACGGAAGAUUACUUUAUCUGAAGGAGAAGAAUCUAGAUGUGGAAAUGAAGGAAUACAUUGACGCCACUAUGACACCUGAAAACAUUGUUCUUCUCGCUAAAAGCAAGCAGUAGCACCCUUUCUCGAGGAAAUUGCCUAUAAUUGAAGCUACUGGGAAUUAUCAGUCCACACAUUCUGCACUUUUGACAUUUUCGCAAUCAACUUCAUCUUUGCUACUUCAAAUGGAGCACUUUUGUUACAUUUCAUUUUCUUUUUUAUUUACUCUCUGUUAUUUUUUUUUUUGUUUUCUCCUUUGAAUAAAUGAGGCUGCGUAGUAGCUUUACUGAAAAUAUCAUCUCCAAAGAGGUUUUGAUGGAAAUUUUAUUGUUUUUUUCAGUUUUUAUUUUAUUAUUAAAAAAAAGGAAAAAAAAAAAAACCCCAAAAAAUUGCUAAGAUUCUUUGUUCAAAGGGAGAAGAAUUAAAAAAAAGUUCAAAUCAAAACCUAACCCAACCCAAUACAA